AUGACAAAUAUCUUACUAAAUGGACAUCAUGGUUCUACCAUAAACAUGUCACCUUCCAAAUAUCCUCUGAGACAAAAGCAAUCGGUUGCGGGAGAAUUAAAAUUAUCUUCAACGGCUGCAAAAAAUUCCCUUAGUCGUCCAACUACGGCAAUCUCAAGGGUUUUAGAUAAAUUCACAGCAGUUUCAGGAAUCAGUCUUUCCUUGGCAAGCAGUAAUAUUGAUAGAGCUGCUAAAUCUGCAAAGCAGCUCCCAAUAAUGGCGUAUUCAUUGCAAGCUAAAAUCUCCAAAGUUAUUAAAUUAGAACAAAAAUCCAAACGAAUAAAAUUAGAAUUGGUUGAAGAUUUCCGAAGUUGGGCUUCAACUAUUCCAAAUCCUGAUUGUGAAGCAAUGAUUUCCGAAUUUGCAACCUUAUUUCUUACUCAAACAGAUACUACUACCUCGAUUUGUGAAAAGUUAGAUAUAUUGAAAUUGAAUUUAACUGAUGUUCAUGAACGUGAAAAGAAACAAAGAGAUCUUUAUAAUAAUAAAACUAAAUUACUACGUCUGUUAAAAGAAUCUGAAGUGAAAUUUGGCCCGGGAGCAUCUGGUAGUACCCUAAUUAAGGAAAAGUUGGAGGAAAAUGUGUGCAAUUUAGAAGUUGUUGAACUCCAAUAUAUUCGUUCAAUCAAUAAGAAUUUGAAAGAUUCAUUGAUUGAAUAUUUAAUUUGUUUACAAACAGUUGCAGCCAUACUUCAAGAAGCUACCCAAGAAUAUUAUGGAACACUUAUAACUCUUGAGCAAAAUUCCAAUUUAACCGGAGGAACUUCCAAUAUAAGUCAACAAAGGAAAUUCAGUUCGCCAGCAAUUGGUAUCAAGUCAAGAAAGGAUUACAUUUAUCCUGCCAGCGGGGGUAUAUCCAGUAUACGUCCGAGCGAAUUGAAUGAUCUCAGAAGACCGACAAGUUCCAUACAACAACAAAAUCAUCAGGAUGAACAAGGAAGUCCUGGAAGGCGUGAUUCAAGCGUUAAUCUGUCCAUAUCUAACUCGUGUGCUCAAUGUCAAAAACUUGAUAAAUAUACCAGACUUCUCACUACUUGUACACAUUUACAGACUAAUAAUAAUGAGCAACUACCUCCUUCCAAACAAAAUCAACCUUCUAGAAUGCCAGACUAUAUUCCAACAGACCAAUGGAAUUGA